UCAUACCAAUGAAAAAAUUUAGUACUUGCUUUUGGGACCUGUGGCAGAGAAACCUUGCGAGGGCUUUUCAUCCCCACGCUCCUACUUCCCGCUAUUCCAAUUGCCCUCCGGCAAUCUCUUCAUUUUAGUCUCUCAUGUCAGUCGCCAAAGAGAUUCGGCGCCCAAUCGCUGCCACGAUCCGCCUCACCGUCCCCGCCGGCGCAGCCCGACCGGCUCCUCCCGUCGGUCCCGCACUUGGCCAGUACCGUCUUAAUCUCAUGGCCUUCUGCAAGGACUUCAAUGCCCGUACUCAAAAAUACAAGCCGGACACCCCCAUGGCAGUCACCAUUACCGCCUACAAAGACAAUACCUUCGAGUUUAUUGUGAAGUCCCCGUCGGUCACCUGGUUCCUGAAAAAGGCCGCCGGCAUCGAAUCCGGAAGCAGCCGUCCUGGUCAUGUUGUGACGUCCUCCAUCACUGUCCGCCAUGUAUACGAGAUCGCCAAGUUGAAACAGUCCGAUCCCUACUGCCAGUUCAUGAGCCUCGAAUCCAUUUGCAAGUCUAUCAUGGGAACUGCGAAUAGCAUGGGCAUCAAGGUUGUCAGAGAUCUGGAGGAAUAAAAAGAGGUUUUUGUCUCUUUUUGCAUUUAAUUUUUGAAGCAAUUAUCUGACUCUUAGUUUGGCCACAAGAAAAUCGAUCCGGUUGCAGCUAAUCUCUACUUGUUAUGUUUUGAAUUGUUAUAUAUGCGUAAGAGGUCAAGAAGUUUGCGUGAAGCCUGUGUUUUUUUUGGUAAUGUUUAUGGAGAUAUUCAUGAUCUAGAGCAUUAAAUUUUGCAGGCGCAGUUGAUCGCAAAAAGUUCGACAUUUUUAUGCUUGUUUAUUAUAGUGGCUUGCUCUGA